AAAAAUUGAAUUUGCUAUCAAAGAAUUAAAAGGUUGUUUGAAGUAGACACCGUUACUAAGGUAACGAAAUAACAAGUAGCUCAAUAUAUAAACACACUUGUCAUCUAACAAUUUUGACAUCUCACUAUUGUAUUAAAUAUUUAACAAUUAAAAACUUACCUUGAUAAUCAAAAUAUGGAAGACAAAAAUUCUUAUCGUUCAUUAGCCGUUCCUCCUCUUCCAGGCUACAAUACCAAACCACCCGCUGAAAAGAAAAACCACCAUAUAAGUCAAUUGUUUGACAAAAUUCACGACGGAGUUUAUUACUUGAACGAGCGAUCUAGUAUUAAUCAAAUUCGCGACCCGUCAUUUUACCCGUACGACGACGAGAAACGAAUUCCACCUUGGCUGGCCUACGAUGGCCAAAGACUCAUGUUCAAGGCAUUUUUCCAAGAGUCCGUUCAAGAGCGAAGAGAAUCUGGUCGUCAGAUUCGGGUCGUAACGAUAAGUUUUUUCCUGGAAGAUGGAACCAUGAAAAUUGUAGAACCGUCCGUCAGCAAUAGUGGACUAGAACAAGGUAUAUUAGUGAGACGCCAAAGAAUACCAAUGCCCGAUCCCGUAAAGUACAGAUUUUUCGAUAUAAUUGAUUUAAAUAUCGGGAAAGAGCCAGAAAUCUUUGGGCGAGUGUACAAGAUUGUUGAUUGCGAUAAAUUUACCCGUAGAUUUUUAAAUCGCAUGGGUAUCGCAGUGCCUGACCCUAUAGAAAUUCCAUCAGAUCCUUACAAUGAUAACCGAAGUAUUCCCGUAUUUCCGAAGAAGCCCAACAGAAAGCCCGAUAACCUCGGUAAAUUUUUAAAGUACGAUCGCAAGGUUUUGAAAUUUACUGGCUACUGGGACGACACUGCCAAUGAGUAUGGAGUCAUUCAUGAUCUAGAAUUAAGAUUUUAUCUGGCUGAUGACACGAUUGAAAUCAAGGAAAUAUUGCCCGCAAACUCUGCAAGAGACAUGAGCUCGAUGUUUAUUAAGCGGAUGAAAAUUCCCAAGUUCUACUCUGGCAUCGACCCCAUAGGUGUCAAUGAUCCUUUCACGGUUCUGAAUGUGCUAGGAGAGAGUACAGAGCAAAGUUACUUGAUCGCAGAUUCAUUAAACACCGGUAAGCUGGCCAAUGAGUACUACAAAGACAGCGAUCUGGCUAUUGGUGUUAGGAUCAAUGUGUUUGGUCGUGAAGUCGUCAUUACUGACCUUGAUCCUGCUACGAGAGAGUAUUAUAGGAACAAGUAUGGCAUAGAAGAAUUCAAACCGCUUGAACGGCCGGAUACAAAGAACGAUUACUAUUGCACGAGUGCCGAAAAAUACAAGCCACCGCCGUACAAUGGUUUUGGCUCUUAUGAUGAUUCGCUGGGUAACUGCUUUAGGGUCGUUCCCAAACCACCUAAACUUGACUACGUGAGACUAUUCUCAUACGAUAAGGAAGAUAAAGACAGCCACAUAUUAAGAUUCGGAGCCAGAAUGAUAUCCGAAGUCCCAGAAAAUGAAGACCGGCUGUUUGUAAUCAAUAUUUAUUUACAAGAUAACACGAUAUCGAUUUUUGAAUUAGCACCAAAAAAUACCGGAUUUCAACAGUGUUACUUCCAGAAGCGCAUGAAAGUGAUGCUACCGGAACAAAAGGUUUAUUCGAGUGAUAAACCGAAAUUUUAUGAUCCCUGCUCUUUUUAUGUCGGAGCACGUCUCAACCUUGGGAAAUUUAUCUUUGAAAUAACUUCCGCUGAUGACUACGCUAUCCGUUACAUGGAAAAUAAUUGUGAGAAAUUUCCCAAAGCUAAUACCAAUUUAAUUAUUGAUAAAAUCCGAGCGGCUCUUAAGCCUGUUUACGGGCGAUUUAUUCAAGAAUUUCGACCAAUUACUCAAGUAUCUGGUACUCUCGUGCUCUCCUACGAUAAAUUGAGAGAGGCUUUGUAUAAGUAUCUGGGUAAUGAUAUAGUAGAACACGAAAUAAUAACAACAGCAAGGCACUACGCGAUGAAAGAAAAACCUGAACGUGAUUUACGAGAAGACAUCAGGCGUUUGAUUCAUAAUGAGCUCAAGAGAUUCUUGUGGGAUGACUUGGAUCGUCUUGAGGAGGAUAUUAAGCACUGGGAUCCUGCAGGUAGUGGUUUUUUACCUCCGAGCCAAGUUUAUACUAUCUUACGUGGCUGUAGAAUUCCCGUUGAUCCGAAACUUAUUGAUAAAAUGCUUAAAAGGAUCAAUAAAAACGAAGAGGGAAAAAUAGACUGUCGAGAUUUAAUACAAUACUUGGAUGUUAAAAUAAAUCCAGUUGCUCCAAUUGUCCCGAUGUCUUUGAAAACUUCGCUCGGAUGGGUUUCUGAAGAUAAAGAUUACUGUCCUGGAUUGGAUUGGUUAAAGUUCUUAGCCGACCUUGGUAUAAGUGAAGAUAAUCCCGUUUCAGCGAUACCAGAAAUUCAAUAAUUUUAAUAGUCAGAUAUUUAAUAUUUAAAAUUUCAUUCAUAAUAAUAUUCAUCUUUUUUAUGCAUUUAUUUUUUAAUAUUAUAUUAUUAUUAUUAAUGGAUAAUAAUAGUAGUUUGAUACAUCGAGGCCGACAUAACUAUUUACACUCUACUAAAAACUAACGUCGACAUCUAUUAUUCUUAUACAAUAUAAAUACGCGUAAAUAUAAAUGACUUGGAGCACAAAUACAAAUACUGGAUUAAUAAAUAUCGCUUACAAUACA